UUCCAGCACUCAGCAGUGGAGCGACUCUGGCAGCCGUGGCGGCCGCCUCUCACCCUCCCACGUUCCGCUCUCAGUAACCGCCUGAGCUUCUGAUGCGCCCGGCCGCCAUCACUGGCCGUUCGCUCCUCACACCUCCGCUGAGAGCUCCUCUCCACACCGGGGACCCCUCUCAUCAUAACACCCGAAAACAACACGCACUGUGGACUUCAAAAUAAGCCCCCGAGCAGUACUUCACCCUCCGUUUCUGAAUGACGGGCGGUCGGUUCGACUUUGACGAUGGUGGCACCUACUGCGGAGGCUGGGAGGACGGCAAAGCCCACGGCCAGGGUGUGUGCACCGGACCCAAGGGCCAGGGUGAGUACUCGGGCUCCUGGUCCAACGGAUUCGAGGUGGUCGGCGUCUACACCUGGCCCAGCGGGAACCUGUACCAGGGCUACUGGGCGCAAGGGAAACGCCACGGACUCGGCGUAGAAACCAAGGGGAGGUGGGUGUACCGGGGAGAAUGGGCUCACGGGUUCAAGGGCCGGUACGGAGUCCGGCAGAGCCUGAACACACCGGCCAGGUACGAAGGCACCUGGAGUAACGGACUGCAGGACGGAUAUGGCGUGGAGACGUAUGGCGAUGGAGGUACAUACCAGGGUCAGUGGACUGGUGGGAUGCGUCAUGGCUACGGCGUGCGUCAAAGUGUGCCAUACGGUAUGGCCUCUGUCAUCCGCUCACCUCUACGAACCUCGCUGUCUUCCUUGCGUAGUGAGCAGAGUAAUGGUACAGUACUGCGUGACAGCCUGUCUGACAGCCCUGCCGGUACACGCGGGGGCUUUGUACUCAACUUCCACUCCGACGGAGAUGGUUCCGAGAAGAAAAAGGGUCUUUUUCGCCGCGGUUCCCUCUUUGGCAGCCUUCAGCGACUGCGCAAAUCUGACUCACGGUCAUCAAUUUCCAGUAAGCGCAGCUCAGCACACAGCGACACAAACAUGAGCCGCAUCAGUUCUAGCGACGCCAAUUCCACCAUCAGCUUUGGAGACGGAGACACAGGCGAUGACUACCUGCCCCUGGAGGACAAUGUAGAUGCCACCACCACCGAGGCCUACAUGGGUGAGUGGAAGAACGACAAGCGCAGUGGAUUUGGUGUCUCUGAGCGCUCCAACGGCAUGAAAUACGAAGGCGAGUGGUUGAACAAUAAGCGCCAUGGCUACGGCUGCACUCUCUUCCCUGAUGGAUCCAAAGAAGAGGGGAAGUACAAGAACAACGUUCUGGCCCGAGGCCUCAAGAAGCAGCUGAUCCCGCUGAGGAACACUAAGACCAAACAGAAGGUGGAUCGAGCCAUAGAGGGAGCAGUGAGAGCAGCAGCUAUCGCCAAAACCAAAGUAGAGAUUGCCAUCUCCAGGACAGCCCAUGCCCGGGCCAAAGCAGACUCCGCUGACCAGGCUGCACAGUCAGCCGGACAGGACUCUGAUAUUGCCAGAACUGUGGCCAGAGAGCUGUCUCCAAGCUUCCAUCAGCCAGGCCCUGACUACAUACGGCAGAAGUAUAAUGAGCCAAUAGAGGUGAAGGAGGUUCCUGUGGAGAAAAAGGAGAAAUCUCCAUCAGGGAGCCCUCAUUUCUACCGGAAAGGCACAACACCCAACGUCUCUCCAUCUCCAAGCCCAGUUCCGAGCCCUACUCCUUCACCUAUUGUUGUAAAAAAUAUAAUUUCUAGCAAUAAAAGUCCCGCCGCAGUCGCUCCACCAACUGUGACAGCAGGCAUAACAAAGGCAGCAUCCAAACAAUCUCUCAAACAGGAAGUGAGGCAACAGGAGACUACUCCGACAAUCAAAGCAGCUGUUUCAUCAACAGGAGGUGGUAAACCUAGCAACGGGCAGAUUCACUCCCAGUACCAUGGUUACUAUGUCAAGGCAGAUGUCAAGAUCCCCCCACCGGACGAACCAAGUGGUAUCGAGGACAACCUUCACCCGUCAAGCCUUGCGCGCUUGCCACCCCCCGCCAAACCUCUUUGGACUUCACCACCAAAACCCCCGCCUACCCCUUCACCAGUUCCACCGAAAGAAAGCACAAAAGCACCAGAGCCCCCCAAGCCAAAAAGACAGGAAUCAACCAAACCAAAGAGCCUUGCAGAAACCAAGAAAGCUAGUAUGGAAAUUGUUCCUGAAAUUUUAGAAGAGGAGUCGGGCCCGAACUCUAUCUUGGUGGCUUUAGUGAUGCUGUUGAAUGUAGGCCUUGCAAUCAUUUUUGUCCAUUUCCUCACCUGACCACAUCUGAAACCAGUGGACUCAUCCAAACGCCCAAGUCGCUAACUCUCCAUCAGCCAGAGGGGCCUUUUACAAAAAUGGUCGCCCCUCAGAACGGCAGACUCGGGCAAAACGGAGGACUGAAAAUAGACGAGUGAAGGUGGAAAAGACGUGGGGGGGACACAUGGAGGCGAGAGAGAGAGGAAAAAGCAGAGAGAAAGAAAGAUGAAACCUCCAGUACCGUCACCCCCCCACCCCCAACCCCCCCACCCCCCCUCUCUGGAUGGACUGAAUGUCUUUGGUGCUCGAGUCCAACUUGAUUGGACUGGCGAUGAUUUGUGACUCCACUUAGAGUGCAGUGAAAGCUGAGGCAAGCACUCACUGGUUACGGAAAAAAAAGGGCCCCUGAGCCCCCCAACUAUGGAUUCUCUAGCAGGCUUAGAAAUAACAGGAGGCCUGGAGAGUGGCGUGAAAGUGAGUGAGCGUCAGGCCUGGCAUCACUAAAUGCCGAGGUGUGUGUGUGUGCUCGUCUGUCUGUAACUCCUUUUCCAUCCAACUGUUCAGCAAAAUUUGGAAGUUUUUUGAAAUGCUGCAAAUAAAAAGUUUGUACGUCGUCCAGAUGAGUUCAAGAGAAUUUGUUUGCUCAUCCAAAAAAACAGAGCGAGUUACGGUGUAAUUAAUGCCAUGUUGCCCGUAGGUCGUGCUUUUAAUCAAUUUAACUACCAUCAGAUACUUCCGGAUGGACAAUAUUUAGAACAGAUUGUUGAAAUCAGAAAGCCAAUUUGGAACUAUAGUGCACUUUAAUUGAACUCUUCACCAGAGCCUUCAUUUUUGAUUCAGUCAAAGCUGCCAAACUAGCUUCAAGUGAGCAUGGAGAAGUUGUUGCGAUGGAGGAGGAACUUUUGUUGAACUUCUGCUCUUACAUAAAAAUCCACACAAAAGUCUUUGGAUGGUAACCAAGCUGGUGGAUAUCUCAGUGUAUUUCACACGUGUCUGCUUCUGCUUUGUGUGUGUGUGUGGGCAUGUGUGUGAGUUUUUGUGUGCCUGCGUGGGUGUAUGUGUUUCGACUGGGUAUGUACAGAGAUGCACUUUGAGCUGAUGGAAGCCGACAGCUGCCUUACUAUUUUACAGAGUGACGUGGUGGUGGGUGAGGAGGGCCCAGGCAGGAAUGUGAAGCGCUUGGCUGAAUCUCCUCUGGCCAUGUCCUGUGAGAGGGGCUCUAUUUCUAUCAGUCUGUCAAUCGAUCUGUUCAUAUCUGUUUUUAUCUGUUUCCGUGGGGCCUGCCUGAUGUUUUAUAUUCAUUUUAGUUUUCCUAUAUAUAUAAAUAUAUAUACAUCAGAAAAUCAGACAGAGGGGUAUAACAUUUGUAAAACGUUACCAGCCUGAUUCUCUGCAAUUUUGCAAACCCUAUUUCUCCAUAGUGCAAUGAAUACUCGCAAGAGUCUUUAAAUGAACGGAUGAAAGACUCCUCUUGACAAGAUCUUCACUAAAUGUUUAUGUAUAUUUUAUUAAUGUUCCCUCAUUACCAUCAAGCAUCAUUACUAUUGACUCAUAUAAUCCUUAUGAUUAAACAUGGUGAAUGGUAGCUGUAUAGCACCAUAUCGGAUUUACUUUAAAGAGGCCCCUUGUUUUUCGGGUUUUUCCACCCUCAAUAGUGUGUUCUAUAGGUUUUUAUGCAUGUAAAUGGUCUGCAAAGGCUAAAAUCCCUGUGUUCCCUCCAGGGGGAGUCCCCCCCCCCUGCCUGAAACACCUCCAUCUAACUCCUUUGUUUACUUUCGUAACAUAAUGACAUCAUUAGGUAACACUCGGCUAGCACUCCAAGACAUUGUAUGUGAUAGGCUAAGGGGCGAGAUAUUUCCAAAACAUCUCUAAGAGGUUGACGAAUCACAACAGAGCCAACCAGCUAACCAAUCAGAGCAGACUGGGCUCUGGUUUCAGACAGAGGGUGAAAAGAGGUGCUGCAGCACAGGCAGUAUGAGAAACAUAAAGAGGUUUUUGAACAUUGAAGCAUGGAGACGUGUCCUGCUGGAGACACUACACACUGAUAUGAACCUGAACAUCAGCACAGUUUGGCCCCUGUAAUGAUGCCCAGAUUCAUAGAUUUAGAACUUUGAAUGUAAAAUUUCCUGUUGGUGUUUGUAGUCUGCUGUGGUUUAAAUCAGGACAGAUGGAGGGACAGAUACAUAACAUAUGUAAUUCUUCCUGACACUACAGAGGGCAAGGCGGAAUGUGUCCCAUAAUUCCAACAUGUCAUCAUGUGCUGCAGCUCAUACUCUUUUUUUGUUAGACUUUGUUUUAUGUAACAUACGCUCAGAUCCCUCUACAGGGAAAGGUGCAGCUGUUUCUUUUAUUAUUUGACAAUUAUGUUCAAAUCAUUUUUAGGAAAAUCUUUUGAAAGGAUUUUACAGUUUCUACAGAAUGAAUAUGGUGUGGGUGCGUCUGUCACUCACAGUGGUCAUUAUGCAGUAUAACAUUUUAACUAGUGCAAAGACGUAGGAAUUUAAUAUCAGAGACUCAUGAUAACAUUAUUAAAUCAGCCCUUUGAAGGAUGAAGGUUAGGUUUUUUUCCAUUACAGUUUAUAUGCCAUAGAGCAUAUUAUUUAUUUAUUCAUAUAUUUAUGUAAAAAUAUGCAGCUUUUACCGAUAAAAUAAUGUUUGCUAACGGAGCUGAAUUAGUAGGUGUCUAAUAUUUCAUGUAUUUUAAUCACUGAUUCUAUCAUGAUACCUGUUCUUGGUAACAAGGGCCUCAUUAAUCAUUCUCAGAUAUCGUUAAAUAUUCAAUAUAUUACAUCAACAAUCUAAAAUGUCGACAUGUCUAUACGCUUUAUUUUAUGGGUUUGUUAAAGUUAUAACUUCUUACCAGGGAACUUUUAGUGAAAUAAUGGGUAAAUUAAGUGCUUGAAAAACUCUUGUUUGGGAUGGUUUUAUUACCUACAUUUUGCAUUCAGUGAUAACCAUAACAAGAUCUUUAUUUUUGCGUAAUUAAUUGCGAUCAGAUUUUUGGUCAAAUUAUUUACAUUCUGUAUUUUAUUUAGCAGAUUAGAGAUACGAUAACAGUAUUUUAAUUUGUAAUUGUUAUCUCUGGCCAUGCUAUAAUCCUGUAAAUGUAUGAAAAAUAAGAUCCGUAGUAGCCGAGUGCGAGGUUAGCUUUCAUUUUGUUUGGCGUCUGCAUUUCUCAACAGUGAGGGCUUUGAGAUCAUUAUGAGUUAUGUUUUUCAUGUUUUUAAUUUAUUCAAAGCUGCUGGUGUGUGAUUGGUGGUUUGCCCUUGGAAAUCAUCCACUUCUAACACGCAUGACACUGCGCCAAAAACAUAUUUAUAUAUUUUGAUGAAGAUAAUUUAUUUGAACUCUUAAUUAAGUUUACUUUUGGAGAAAAAUCAUCGUCUUAAAUCUAUUUCCGCCCUGAUAAAAUGUUCUUGUUAGGAUGUGAUUGUAGUGCUGAGUUUAGCAUGCAGAUAUCAGCUGGUUUUGUUUGGUUAGAACGGACGUCAGAGUAGAAUAUAUUCUAUAAAUUGUGUGUAAAUUGGAUUCACAGUUUGGAAUGGAUUGCAGAAGGUAAAGUCAGUGUGUUAUUUGCAGUAUGGAGCUUGUUUAACUCUUUAUUUAAAAAGCUGCAUUCCCAUUGGUUGAGCACAUCAGAAAUGCGUCUUGUUCAUUCCAGCACUGGGAGUUUAGUGCUGUCCACCAUCUUUAAUAUUUGAUAAUAACACAGAUGCUCAGAAAAAUAAAUAGUAAAUAAUGAGGGUACAUCUACCACCCUGUACCGAAAGAUCAGCCAAGUGAGAACAACUAUUGAUUUAUUUUAUAUUACGUACUAGUAGGAGAUAGGAAAUGUGUUACUAUACACAUAGCGUCCCUGGUGGUCUUUCCAAAAUAUAUGAGACUGAUGUCACAGCAGUAAAAAAAAAAGUGUAAUUUUUGGGGGAAAUAUGUGGAUAAAAGAGUGUUAGCUUAAAUAGGCCGUUAAAUUGUUCUUUAACGCAGGGUGGACCGUCGACAAAGCAAUACAUUUUACACGAGGUCUUAAAUAUGUGACAUAGUUCGUAUUUUCACUAAAUAAGUGGAGCUUUUGUAAAUCUCAAUUUCCUUUCAUGUGUAUUUAAUAUUUAGAUUUUCGGUUCCCAGUUUCAGGGUCUGAGAUAUCCGCGUUGACAGCUUUUUAUUCAGGCGGGUUUCCACUUUGCAGUGACUUAUCACCAGGAAGAGACACUUUUUAAAAUAAUAAAUUAAAUGAAAAGCCAUUGAGUGGGAAAUAGCCUAUAGAUAUUACAAAUCACAUGUGUUCAAUGAAAUGUAUUAUAAAGAUUUUAUAAAGGUAUUGUUUUUGGUGGGGAAAGGGUUACAGUAGAUGGAAGAAACAGAGUUCUGAGAUAAUGUGCGUAGUGAGCAGAUAUGGUGUAGUGUUGUGACUGUAGGCUUCUGGUGGAGCUUCUUGAAGAUCACCUGAACUUUACAGGGGAAAAUAAUCAACAUGAUGGCAUAGAGUGGUGCAGUGAUGACGUAUAUUUAUUGAAGCCAACCUGGAAGUUAGCAUCAAAAGAACUCCCUCAGCAAAAGGGAAGGGAAAUUGGAUUUUGGAGAAUGCAGAAACUAGGAUCUUCGGCAAGCACAUUUAUGACACAUAUUUUAUUCAGCAGGAUAAUCUUCACAUAAAACCUCAAUUUUAUAAUUUUGACAUUUAAAUGCAAUCGGAAGAAGUGAAAAGCUUACGCUAAGCUAUAAAGGAACUACAUCAUGACCACAUGUCCGCGAGUUACCACUGCUAAGCUAAAGGUGGCUAAUGUUCUGCGUUUUGAUGUCAAGUAGUCUUUUUUUUAAGUCACUUGUCACGGCUUCUUUAUGAUUUUUGAAGCGUAAAUGCAAUUGCCAGAAGUAAACGCUAACGUCAGGCUAAAAACAAGCUAAGGUCGUGUCACCAGCGGUUACAUGCUGCUAUUCUGACAUACCUCUACUCCGACAUUUUUUCCAUUUUUGGAGAGGCGGCACUUUACUUUUUUUUCAAACAUUCUGCCAUUCUGACAUGGUGCGUUGUGUCUGCAUAGCUCCACUUAAGUGGGAGGAUUCGGAGCUGUAGUUGACACUGUCAGACACGCAGGGCCCCCCUCCUCCCUCAUGGAUGCUCCUGAUAGCCCUCCCGAAUCCACCGCCACUGCUCCUCCAAGUCUCUCUAUCGUCAUCCCAUCAGCUCCGGUCUACAGCUCCGCAGAAUUGGGAGCAGCCUCGAUGGCUUGCAUAGCUUUAACUUUCUUUGAGCGACUCCCUUGCAGAUCGGAUGCAGGGCGAUCGGACAACAACGAAAUUGAGUGCCAACCAGUCAGUGCAUCCAUUACAACAAUAGGCUAUAUUAUAUUAUACAAAAUAAACUGAAUAUGUUAAAAAUGUAUAUGUUAAAAAGACACACAAAAAAAAGUGAAAGAAAGACGAUGCCCCGACGCUCCUGGGUAGACUGUCGGAAUGGCGGUACUAAAAUUGUGUCGUAAUAGGGGCAUGUCGGAAUAGAGGGUGCACUCCGUCACCAGCGCUAGGCUAAAGAUUGCUAGGUAUGAUGAAGUUUAGUAAACAAGUGUUGUUUUAAUCACACAUAGAAACUUAGGACAUUCACCUCUGGGGUAUUUACUGACAUAUUUUAUGUCGCAGAAACAAAAGCGUUGACUGGAAGUGGUAAAAUGCUAACUAAUUUUCGGUUUCUAUAACUCAUUCUUGCACCACUCUAUUAAAGCACACAGUUAGCAUGCAGCUAGAUGGAAGUCUGAUCUCAAAUCUGCAUUAGACCCACUCUCCAGCAAAAACCUUAAACACAUCAUGAUAAUCUUCCUAAUAACAACUGUAGAUGUACUAUGCUGUCUCAUAGUGUUAAUUUGUAGGCAAUUAAUUCAUUAUUAUAAUGAAUUAAUUGUGUUUAGUACAUUUUGUGAUGUAGAUACAUUUUCACAAACCAAAACAACUCUUAUGCUUUUUGAUUUGAGUAGACGCAACAAACGCACCUAAAAACUGAGACGUGGGUGAUAUUUAUUUAGGUUUUACUUCCUUUGCUGGAGUUUGGGAGUUGUUCAGUUCAAAGCAGACUAACAUCAUGCUUCACUCAGGUCUGAUCUUAGGGAAGUUUGUUAGAGAAAGACACAGAAGGAAUGGUCAGAUGAAAUGUUUCUGAGGGGAACAGGGAAGAGAAAGUGAGAGUCUCGUUGUAUCAGGAAUGUUUUUGUAGGCUAGACUAUAAUUGGCCACAAAUUUGAAAUUGAACCCGGGUUAUUCGUUGCAUGAGAGCAGUCACUGUGGAGCUGUUUUUAAGCUGCUCUGUGAAAUAGGUGUUGACAAAUCAAGGAGGAGCAUUUUAAAGUGCGUAUGUGUGUGUAUGGAAUGAGCUCCAACAUCUAUUUGUACAUUAUGACCCCAACAGGACAAUCUCUUACAUUUCAUUUUUGUCUCUGUAUAGAUUUUUACAUCACUGUAUAUUGUGUUUGGUUUCUAAGGCAUUUUGAGAGCCUUUUUUCUAACACUGUAUGCCUGUAUUUUGAUUUGUUUGGCUUUGAAUGCACCUAUCAUCUCGGCUGCUGCUGGUGAUACGGUGCACAUAUUAUUAUUAUCACUUAUUUUACUUGACAACAUUUUUGUUUGUUGUUUGGCAGUUGUUUCUAUGGAGAUACAUUAAAAAAAGAGGGUUUACAUUUUA